AUGAGCGACGAUACAGAGACCAACGGAGCCACAGCUCAACCCUCCGUCGAGGAAGACUUCGUCGUGCUAGAGGGAGGCCUCGACGAUUUUGAAGAAGCGUCCGACGAUGAAGCCGACGAAGAUGCCUCUCUUGAGGGCAGCUUCCACCCGCAACACAUUACCCUGGAAGUAUUCCUGAAGCUCUUGUCGUGCUAUGCGACAACUCUGGAGCAGGUCCAUCGGCGCAAAGCCAUGCUCAAGCUGCAGCCGAAGCCAGAGAAGGGAUCGAAGAGCCGAGCGAUCAAGCGAGCGGGCUCUGCAUCUGCGAAUCUGCGCGGCGCUCUCCUUAUCCAGAAAACCGAGUUCAAUGCCUCCGAGACGGCGCAUAUCAAGUCUGAGGUUGAGAAGAUGCAGAAGCUUGAUACUUGGCGGUAUGAGGAGAUGCCCAAGAUUAUGGACGAGCGCAGGAGUAAGCAAGAUGCUGUGAUAAUGGACAAGGACGAUCUUAUUAAAGUCAUGGAUUGGAAGACCCGCCACGGCCUCCCCCGUCCCACCCUCAUGGGCAUGGUCAAAUCCAACCAACCCAAAACUAUCAUAAAAUGCGCCAAAGACGCCAUCAAUGGCCUGCCAACAGUUGGGCCCGAAGACUCCUCCGCCUUCCCAAAACCCAGCAUGGACGCUCUCCAACCCCUCCGCGGCCGCCGGGCCCCCGUCUCAUCAGAUCCCAUUCUACAGCGACGACAUCUAUCUCUGGCUCUGCCUCCACGAUUAUCCCAGCACAUCCCCGACGGCACCCAAAAUUCCAUCAGCACAACCGCCACCGCCGUAUCCACCGAGCACAGCAAGAAACUGGCCAAAUACAAGCGCCCUAACGGCGAGCUGAACGUGAAGUACAAUAUAGCUGAGUACAAGCAGCUCUGGAACGCCUCGUGGGACCUGCGCCAGCGCCUGAACCGCGAAGCUGGCGACGAGUCCGUCUCGCACAACGAUAUCGAGAAAGUCGCGUAUGUGCUACGAAAUAUUGCGGUUUCAGGCUUCUAUCCGGGUGUUGAUCCUACGGAGAUUCUGCAGGCGCAUGCGUCGAAGCAGGAGUUGGCAGAUAAGGCGGUACAGGCGGAGAGAGACGCGGAAAAUGCGAUGAUGGAGAAGAUGAUGAGCAAAAAGCGGAAGAGGGAGGAGAAGGAGAAGGGAGAGAAGUCGGGGGGGAGGAAUAAGAAGAAGAAGAACUGA